AUGAUCUUCCUUCCUGCCUUCCUUGAUUCAUCAAACUUCUGGAACACCGACCAUAACCAGCUUCAGCUGCAACAAAUCGGUACUAACACUCAUAGUACUACCACUUCUUCACCCGCUGGUCCUGGUGAUGGAGAAUGCAAGAACAGCAAUAAAAAACGGUUCAUGGCCACGGCCGGGGCUGGCUCCGGCGCUGCAGGGGGUGGCGAUGAUGGUUGCGGCGGUGCUGUUGACGGCGAUUGCGGUGGCAUCGGGAAUAAGAAGUCGAGGUCCAUGUCAGAGCGAGCACGGCUAGCGCGGUUGCCGCAGCGAGUGCCAGGGCUCAACUGCCCGCGAUGCGACUCCACCAACACCAAAUUUUGCUACUUCAAUAACUACUCCCUUACCCAGCCCCGCCACUUCUGCCGCUCCUGCAGCCGCUACUGGACCCGCGGCGGCGCGCUCCGCAACGUCCCCGUCCGCGGGGGGUGUCGUCGCAAUACCAAGCGCAGGGCCAAGCCCAAGGUGGUAUCAGCCACCUCUCGAGCCGCUAUGGUAGGGACGUCGUCCGUGACAUCAACCAUGUCCAGCAGUACCACUUAUGUCACCGGCACCGGCACUACACCACCCAGAUUGCAGUACCCCAUGUUCGGCAGUGUGCCGUCGCACGACAGCCAGUUCACCGACAGCUUCGACCCAGCGAACCUUGGUCUCAUCUUCCCCGUCAGGCUGCUCCUUGCCGAUAGCGAUGCUUCCGCAGUAGACGGCUGUGCACAGCAGCACCACCACCAUGCCCAUGGGAACGGGAUGGAGCAGUUGUCGGUAGCGCAGGAUAGCUUCCCAUUCAUGUACGCGAUGGAUCAUCAGAUGUCUGGACUGUCAGCUCAGGCUAUGCCCAUCACAAUGGGUACGAUGCAGGGCAUGUUCCACGUAGGGUUACAGGGCAUCGGCGGGGGUAAUGGCGAUGAGAUAGGAGGCCAACAGUUGCACCACCCGCCGGCCAAGAGAAACCACAAGCAGCAAGAUUACCCGAGCAGCAGGGACAUGUACGGGGACGUGGUCAAUGCCAAUGGUGGUGUCGGCUACAUUUAA